CUUCCUUAUCACUUCCUGGUUCUUCCGAGAAGUUUGUAUUCGUCCUGUCGGCCCGGAUUGCGAUCUGUCGGUGAAUGCUGGGCCAAAAACAAUUACCGUCGCAUCCUUAUUCGUCGCUCUGAGUUCACAGUCGAGUCGGAGCCAUGGCUGAUUGCGGAGAGAAUAAACGAGACGGGGAAGAGAAGCGCGAGCCUGAAGGCGCCGCGGGUGGAGAAGAUGUCGUUGAUGAUCCUAUUGUGGACCAAGCAGCAGUAGUGCUCAGGGGGUAUGUGAUUGAGCGUCUCAGCACAGAGGACCCCAACCAGCAAGUCUCCACUGAGCACCUGGGUGGAAUGCCAAAUGAACUGCAGGAUCCAAAGGUCAAAAAAGUGGUGGAACAGUUGAUUACGAUUGCAGAUGAACUCAACAGGAAUGCUGAGCUCCAACGACUGAUAAAUGAGGUUCAGAAUGAUUGUGCUCACGAAGCCUUCAUGUACGUUGCUCGACGCAUUUUUGCUGAAGGCAUCACUUGGGGUCGAGUGGUGGCUCUCUUCCAUCUUGCCUACAAACUCAUUCACAAGGCACUGACCACCAACCAUCUAGAGAACAUCAGGACCGUCAUGAGCUGGUUUCUUGAGGUCAUCAGGGAGAGGCUUCGCUCCUGGAUCAUACAGCAGGGAGGCUGGGCGGGAAUUGCCCACAGCUUUUCUCGAUGGAGGACAGUAGCCAUAGUAGCAUCAGUAGUAUUAGUGGCAUCCUUUGUUUAUUACAGGAAGAUGCGCUGAGACCAUCAGACCUCAUAACCUUCCAAUCCAUUUGAUGAAACUGCAAUCUCUUCUCCUGGACAGAUAUUUUUUUUAAUUAUACCCACUCCUUAGCCUACACCUCAUUAACAAGAGAACGUCUUCUCUGUACUAAAGGGGACAAAAGCUCCAAAUCUUCUCAGGUUGACAAGACCAAAUACACUCUUCUGCAGCCUGCUGUUCACCAGGUGUCUUCAUCAUCGCCAUCAGUUUUUUUUGGCCUUUCAUGAAAAUUUAAGAGGUGCUGCAAUACAUUCCCCAGCAGCCAUGUUGGAGGUUCUCAGGACUUGUGUAGCAGUGAAUGUGAGUGAGUGAUUAUCAUUAUGAAUGCUAGACAUAUUUGAAAAUGUCUUCAAACUGUCCAGAACACCUCAUCUUGCCUGGACUAGGUCUCAGCUCAUUUCUUUAUGAACCAUGAGUAAAGCGUGAGAUCCAGCAUUAACUCCUCAAAGCCAAUCAAAAAAACGCACCAAAUCACUCAUCUGGGUGUACUGUAGCUUCACAUUAGCUUAGGCCUAGGGAGCUUGUGAAGUUUUAAUGAUGUUCUAUUUGAGGCAGCCAUGUUGGGGUAAAUGAAUAGAUUUUUUUUGUUUGUUUUCAUUUUAUGCAUAGCUGCAGUAGUUUUAGUUGUCUUAAACUAAUUUAUGUGAACCACUUUUUUUCUAGACUCUUUCAUACUGUCGUACACACUUGAUCAACACAAAUACUGUAAAGAGUGAAAAGGGAUGACAAUGGUUUAUUAACUAUAUUAAAGACUAUGCAGAACAUUUCCUUCUGUAAUAAUUAUGGAUUAUAAAAUAAUUGUUAAGAACAAAUGUGUACUGGAAAAUGGAACAAUGUGAUUAUAUUGUGGCCACAAUGCUGUGAAAAUUUAAAAAAAAUUGCUGGGGGAAAAAACUCAACAAGAACACCACUUUUAUUUUACUUUUUGAAAUUAGUUAGAAAAAAUGUAUGAUUUAUGAUUAUGACGGUUUUGUGAUGUGAUCAAAAUGUGAUUUGCUACACAUCUUCACAUGGUCAGGCAAAAUGGCUCACCGGCUCAAACAUCUACAGCUAAAUGAACUCUAGCUUUAUUAAGAUUGGUCAAUCAAGCGAUCAUUUUAAGAAAAACAGCUUGUUUUUAUGUUGUGUGUUUUCCCUGUGCCACGGAAGCCAACAGCUAACCCUCUCUCCAAUCCCAGCUAAAAUUCAUCUCUAGGUUGUUUGAUCAGGAGGAGCAGUGUUUUAGAGUGUGUCCAUCUUAAGGUGACUUUUUAUCUCCGUUUAGAUUAUUAAAGUGAAAAAGUGCUCUUACAGGGAAAUGGAGAAUAUGUUGUUUCUGUAGCUAUUUUAAUGGCCGUUAUUUACAUAAUGCAGUGUGAGAGGGACAGCUGAUGUAAUGGGAACUGUAUGGCCUGCAGCAGAACCAUGGUGCUGUAACCUGCUUCCCCACGAGCUUCUGUCAAGUAUUUUGCUGUCAAAUUCACUGUGCACUUUUGUGAGGGAAAUUACAUUAUUUAUCUUGGGGCCUUGGUAAUGUGACCUGUCCAUUACUGUCAGGAAACAAUUCUCCUAAUAAAAACGUCACAUGCAACAUUGA